GUUUGAUGUGUUUUGUUUCUACAGCAAAUGGCGGACGACGCCGGUGCUGCGGGAGGGGCAGGGGGAGCUGGAGCAGCUGCAGGUGGAGGAGCUGCUGCCAGGGGAGGCUUCCGAGGAGGCUUUGGCAGUGGAGGCCGAGGGCGUGGAAGAGGCCGUGGCAGGGGACGUGGCCGAGGGCGUGGAGCUCGGGGCAAAGCUGAAGACAAAGAAUGGAUUCCAGUCACCAAACUUGGUCGCCUAGUAAAGGACAUGAAAAUCAAGUCUCUGGAGGAGAUUUACCUUUUCUCCCUUCCAAUCAAGGAGUCUGAAAUCAUUGACUUUUUCCUGGGCUCAUCCCUGAAGGAUGAGGUUUUGAAGAUCAUGCCUGUUCAGAAACAAACCCGGGCUGGUCAGCGCACCAGGUUCAAGGCCUUUGUGGCGAUUGGUGACUACAAUGGUCACGUUGGUCUUGGGGUCAAGUGCUCCAAGGAAGUUGCCACCGCCAUCCGUGGGGCCAUCAUUCUUGCGAAGCUGUCCAUUGUGCCCGUGAGGAGAGGCUACUGGGGGAACAAGAUCGGCAAGCCGCACACUGUACCUUGCAAGGUAACAGGUCGGUGUGGCUCCGUACUUGUGCGUCUCAUCCCUGCGCCACGUGGUACUGGAAUUGUGUCUGCCCCAGUUCCCAAGAAAUUGCUGAUGAUGGCUGGUAUUGACGACUGUUACACAUCAGCGAGGGGCUGCACUGCCACCUUGGGCAACUUUGCCAAGGCCACCUUUGAUGCCAUCUCAAAGACCUAUAGUUACCUUACCCCUGAUCUGUGGAAAGAGACUGUGUUCACCAAGUCACCUUAUCAGGAGUUCACUGAUCAUCUUGCAAAGACUCAUGCUACCAGAGUGUCUGUGCAGAGAACCCAAGCAGCUGCUGUGGCAACUACCUAAAAGAUGUACUUUAAAAUAAAGUGACCAAGAGUUUUUAAACCAGUCUCGCAAA